CAUACAACGCCUUAAGUGGAUAUCACUAGAUCACAAUGAUCAAUUCAUUUUGUCUAGUUCACAGAGUGCAAAGCUUGUAUAAAAGUUAUUUGAGAACCGCACUCUCUCCUCACAUUCACUCUCUUCCGUCUCUCUGUCUCAUUCACAGCACGCCGAUUUAUCCAACGGCCAAUAAUUCCCACAGCCCUUCCAAUGGCCAAAUAACACCAUAUCAUCAUCAGCAGCUACAGCAGCAACAACAACAACUAAAUGAGCACGGUUAUUACAAGACCACAAUACCCGUUGGCGUUGGCACUGGCAGCGCCGUCAACAGCAGUAGCAGCAAACGCUGCUCUCACUGUCAAACAGCUGAUUUGUGCUCACGCGCACUCGUGCAAGAGAGCAUCGGCAACAACAACAAUAAUAACAAAAUAAACGCGGCACAGCCAACACGCAUACACACCCACACGACACACACACACGAAAGCACAAGCAGCUGUGAUAGUGACUGCGCUGCCGCUGCUACUGCGAAAUGGCGCAGUAGUCGUGUGUGUAAAAAUCAUACGACUACAACGAUAACAACGCUCGAAUACGAACUUUCCAAUUUUGCAAAACUCACAACACAAAUCAGUACGCAACGCGACGUUGACGAGGUAACAGCAAGAGCAGCCGAAGCUGAAGCUUUGCCACCACCACCGAUAUUAUCCUCGAGCCACUUGCAGCAGCUACAACAGAGCCUGCACGAGCUACACCAGCAGCAAACAAAACAACUUAUUGGCAAACCAAGCAACAAUCUACAACAAAUACGACGCUACAGCUGCGACAUGAGCAAAAGCAACGAUCUGCAUCGUGAUCGCCUCGGUCUCUGGGGCACCGGCGACAACGAGAUUGUGGGCAACGUCUCUGGACUCGAGCGCCUGCAAAACAAACGCUUCAACAAGGGUCUCGCCUUUACACAUGAGGAGCGCCAGGUGUUGGGCAUUCAUGGCCUUCUGCCCUAUGUGGUGCGCAGCGAAGAUCAGCAAGUGGAGCAUUGCCGUAUUCUGCUGAAUCGUCUGGAGAACGAUCUGGACAAGUAUGUGUAUCUGAUUGGACUCUCUGAGCGCAACGAGCGUCUCUUCUACAAUCUGCUCGGCUCGGACAUUGCUCACAUGAUGCCGCUGGUGUAUACGCCCACGGUGGGCUUGGCUUGCGAGAAAUACAGCCUGGUGUUCCACAAGUCGAAGGGCAUGUUCAUCUCCAUUAAGGACAAGGGACAUGUCUAUGAUGUGCUCAAGAAUUGGCCGGAGAUGGAUGUGCGCGCCAUUGUGGUGACCGACGGUGAACGCAUCUUGGGCCUGGGUGAUCUGGGCGCCAACGGCAUGGGCAUACCCGUGGGCAAGCUCUCGCUAUAUACGGCUCUGGCUGGCAUAAAGCCGCAUCAGUGCCUGCCCAUCACCUUGGACGUGGGCACCAACACACAGUCCAUACUGGACGAUCCGCUCUAUGUGGGUCUGCGUCAGGCACGCGCCACAGGCGAUCUGUAUGAUGAGUUUGUCGAUGAGUUCAUGCGCGCCUGUGUGCGCCGCUUUGGCCAGAACUGUCUCAUUCAGUUCGAGGACUUUGGCAAUGCCAAUGCCUUCCGCUUGUUAUCUCUGUACCGCGACAAAUACUGCACCUUCAAUGAUGAUAUUCAGGGCACCGCGUCUGUUGCUGUCGCCGGCCUGUUGGCCUCGCUGAAGAUCAAGAAGACACUGCUCAGGGAUAAUGUGCUGCUGUUCCUGGGCGCCGGCGAGGCUGCGCUUGGAAUUGCCACCCUGUGCACCAUGGCCAUGAAGGAGGAGGGCCUGAGCGACGAGGAAGCCAAGGCACGCAUCUGGAUGGUCGACAGCCGUGGCGUGAUUGUGCGCGAUCGUCCAAAGGGCGGCCUCACCGAGCAUAAACUGCACUUUGCCCAGGUCAGCACGCCCAUUGACACCUUGAUGGAGGCGGUGAUAAAAGUGCGCCCCAAUGUGCUGAUUGGUGCCUCCGCUCAGGGCGGUGCCUUCACAAAGGAGAUUCUCGAGAAAAUGGCCGAGAUCAAUGAGACGCCCAUCAUAUUUGCCCUGUCGAAUCCAACCAGCAAGGCUGAGUGCACCGCCCAGGAUGCCUACACAUAUACAAAUGGUAGAUGUAUUUUUGCAUCCGGCUCACCGUUUGCACCGGUUACCUACAAUGGACGCAAAUUUUAUCCGGGCCAGGGCAACAACUCGUACAUCUUUCCGGGCGUGGCUCUGGGCGUCUUGUGCGCCGGCAUGCUGACCAUACCGGAGGAGGUGUUCCUCAUCUCUGCCCAAUGUCUGGCCGAACUGGUCAACAAGGAGGAUCUGAGCAAGGGCAGCCUGUAUCCGCCACUUAAUUCGAUUGUCCAAUGCUCAUUGGCAAUAGCCGAGAAGAUUGUCUGCUAUGCCUAUCAGAAUAACCUGGCCACCGUCCAGCCCGAGCCCGACAGCAAGCUGGCCUUCAUCAAAGCUCAAAUGUACGAUCUCGACUAUCCGCGUGCCUUGCCAGCCACCUAUCCCUUGUAAAGGGGAGCCCUUUGGAAGAGUCAACUACGGCACAUUCAGCUACUCAACUCGUCGUGCACCAGGAUAUUCCCAUUCUUCAAGUUUGUCGUCGUCGCGUUCAGUUUGGCAUUGCAGCAUACUUUCCAUUCCACAUGCUUCUAUGAGUUGCCGUACGAAUUUAGCCGCGGGCAUCAACACCAGCAGCAACAUGCAUAUGUUAUUUAUUUUAUAGUCUCGCACACAUCCUUUUUAUUAGCAUCCUUUAACACAUGUAAUAAUCCUACGAAAACGCUCUAUUCCGAUUGUUUGCUGGCCCAAGUUGAAACCGAGAGAACACAUCACACUGAUAUAUAAAAAA